UUAUAACUUGCAAUUAACUCUUCCCCGCUCGCUCUGCUUCCCCCAAAUUCUUUCUCAACUUCUAUCCACUCAACACACUUACGUUUUACGAUCAAAGCUAGGGUUUCGCUUCAUAUGUUCUUCAAUUUACACUUCUCGGUUUCUGCUUGAAAGCGAUGGAAGUGGAGCAAUCCAAUCAGAUAAUGACGUUUGAUGAGGCCUCAAUGGAGCAAAGCAUUGGAUUCGUUAAAGCCCUACAGGAACUCAAGAACCUAAGGCCUCAGCUAUAUUCGGCAGCAGAAUAUUGUGAAAAAUCUUAUCUGCACAGUGAUCAAAAACAGAUGGUCCUUGAUAACCUGAAAGAUUAUGCCGUUCGAGCGCUUGUAAAUGCUGUUGACCAUCUUGGCACUGUUGCUUACAAACUAACAGACCUUGUAGACCAACAGACUUUAGAAAUUUCAUCAACAGAGUUACAUGUUACAUGUUUACAUCAGCAACUUCUUACAUGCCAAACAUAUACGGAUAGAGAAGCUAUUAGGCAGCAACAAUUGUUAGCAGUUUUACCAAGGCAUCACAAGCAUUACAUUUUACCCAAUUCUGUCAGCAAAAAGGUUCACUUUAGUCCACAGAUCCAAAUUGAUGCAAGAGAAAGUCAUCUUCAACCACGGCCUCGUCAAUUUACUUCAGGUACCCCAGUUGCAAAUACCCUUUCUUGGCAUUUAGCAACGGAAACCAAGUCUACUUUGAAAGGGAGUUCACGGCCAUUGAUGAGCAUUGAAGAUUCCAAAACUUCUCGGCGUACACCUAUAUCUGUUCACACGUCAAAUGAUGAAGAGAACAUGGGGAGAAAGACACCAACACGUCAUCUUCUGUUGUCGAAUGUAGGGCCCGCUUCAAGUACCGCAAUGCAGACACUUGGCAUCACACAACGGGAUCCGGAUGAGGGUCCCAAGCCAAUGACACCAUUCCGAUCAUUUGAUAAUCCUAGACGUACACCUGUCCGCAGCAAGAGUCUCUUAUCGGCUUUCUUUGUGAAACAAAAGACUAGCAAGCAAUUGAAGGGGUCGGCCUAAUCAUAUCCAAGUGCAAGUGUGUAGGAUGGAGAAUGCAGAAAGAGUAGUCGGUAUCGGUUUAGGAAUCUAAAUGCUAGUGCCAAGUAUGGUUGUAGUCUGGAGUUGUACAUGUUGUAAGAAACGCAUAAAAUGUGUGUAAUAAAAAGGAUCUACCAUAAAUGUUCCCUCUUUCUUCUUCGUU